CAGAGUGAUGUCCACAUCUUUCAUACAGUUUACUUACUGCUCUAUUUGUAGACAAAACCACCAGCAAGGCAAGAAGCAUGUGUUUUCAAAAGGCCACCGGGGGAUUGUCAAGAACAUUGUUGAUAAAUUUUACAAAAAGGUCCAAGCGGCCAAAAACGCCAUGAAGACCCCGCUGGCUCACGAGUUGUCCUGGGAGAUGGGGGCCAAAUUUUGGUGUUAUUUCUGUGCCGAAGAUGUGGAGAAGCAUACCAGGACUGAAGAAGGCACUGUGGAAUAUGGAGGCUUUAUCCAACACUUUCUUAGUGCUUCACACAUCAAGAAUAUGCAUCACUUUUUCUAUGAGAACAAAGUUGAGAAAUCCAGGAAGGAGAACUUUAUUCUCAGCAUGGAGGACUUUGCAAGAUUUCAAGUCAAGGCUGAGCAAGCUGUGAAGGACUACGUAGAGGAGCAGAGAAGAGAGAGGGAAAAGGAAAUGCUUAAACUCCGACAGAGGGAGAAUGAGCGUACAUACAUUAUCCAGCAGGAGUUACGCCAUAAGGAGACAAAAAAGUACUCAGAUUCUGUAGAGGGCGCUUUGUUCAAGACACCCCAGCCUAGAUAUGAAGACCCCACAGGUUUGCUGCCUAAGGACGUGCGAACUGAAUCUGCCUUUGGGGAAGGCUUGGAGACAGUCAAACUUAAGCAAUAUGACCCAGACGUUGGUAACAUCUUCAAGGGCUCCACACCCCCUUGGCUGAGGCCAGUCUCUGGAGAGAGACAGGAUAAAGACAUUGGCCCCACAGUUGAGGAUCUUCAGAAACAUUUGGAAGCUGAACAGAAAAAGAAACUUCCAGCGAAGCGUGUUGGGGCCAAUUUCAAGCAAGAGUCUUUGUCACAAGGUGGAGCCACUUGGCUGCCAUCUUUUGGCGGAGUGUGGCACCACCAGAGGAGAGCCAAUCAGAAAUAUCAGUUUCUGAGAAAGUCAAAACAAGGGUUUUCCAGACCUUACCCAUCUGUCGAAUUAUCAGUUCCCGUGAAAAGUAUAAAACCUUACCAGAGAAAACGUCCAAAUGUCACUGAUGUGGGAAUGCCCUCUCCAUCCUACAGCGGAUAUAUACCAACUAAUAUUGACACAGGACCAGAAGAUAUAAGAUUUCAUCAGCGCCCUGUGCCAGAGGUGACACAUUCUUUUGGGAUGGGUGGGUUGCAGUCACGAGGGAGCGGUGAAUUUACAGCGUCAAAUGAAAUAGGGGUUACAACACACUUUCUAGGAGGUUCUAGUAAUUUUGAUUUGACAGUGGAUAAUAAUAAUAAACACAAGCUGAUACAAACUGAGAGUAUUUCUGCAGCUUUAUCUUCAAAUUCUGGUCAGAGACUUAAAGCACACCAGAGUGAAAUUUUCAGUACAAAGAAUGGAGGUAGUGUUUUUUCAAUAAAUUCAAACAUGGUUAAACCUUAUCAUAGGAAAAGACCUGCAGGAAUUGUGGGAAGUGCAUCUUUUUCAGGUAGAGACAGUGUAAAGUGUUAUGAAAAGAAAAGGUCAACAGAAGCUGAGGGAAGUACAUUGCCUUCAAAAACAGACAAAGUACAAAUAUAUCCAAAGAAAAGACCAGAGGAAACAGUCACAGGUGCUUCUAGUUCAAGUUCAAAUUUGAUCGAACAUUUCUGAAGGUUAAAUAACAAAUGAUUUCACUGAUAAAGUCAAAGAUCUUGAUACAUUUGCUAUAAGAUAAGAUUUUUGUUGUUUAAAGGACCGUCUUUCAUUUAUCAUUAUUUUUUAUGGAGAUUUUGAAUAAAACAUCAAUCAAACUUA